UUCAAUUCGUACAUGUAUAUAUGCAUUGGUUGGUUGGUUGGUUCAGAUGAGAUGUGAAUAAAAUCACUACCCUAAGCUAGCUUUAAUUUUAACAUUAUAUUAUAUUAUAUUAAUGGCAUCGUCUUCAAGAAAUGAGAAUCCGGCCGGAGGAGGAAGAGGAGAAGAAAAUGGUGUGAUAAUGUUGGGACCCCAAGAGAAUACGAAUAAGAUACAAAGGAUUCCAUCUUUCUUGCGGGGCUCCAACAGCAACGAAGACUACAAUCCCAAAGUGAUUUCCCUAGGGCCAUACCACCACGGCAAGCCGGAGUUGCAGCCCCUCGAGGGAUUUAAGCAUAAGGUGUUUGACAACUUCAUUUUCGGCAGUCCCAAGGACGCUAAUUUCUAUAGGAAAAAAGUGUUGGAGGUAGUGGAAGAGGCCCGAGGGUGUUACGCUGCUGGGACCACAGAUAAAUUUGGAGAUUCAAAGUUUGCAGAAAUGAUGCUUUUGGAUUCUUGUUUCUUACUAUUCUAUAUGCUAUCAACUAUGCAGGGUUUUGAUGAUUUCUGGUACCUCACUACCGUUCAGUUGUUUGAGAAGAUUGGGUAUUCAGGUAGUUUCUUCUUACAACUUGACACCUAUUUGUUUGAAAAUCAAAUCCCCCUUUGGAUUGUUGAGUUCUUGUUUAAUGCUAGAUUUGGUAGUACAAACAUAGCCGGUGGGGUUUCCUGGAAAUCUUUGCUUGUAAAGCAUUGCCAAACAAGUCUUUUUGCUGAGGAGUAUAGGGUGGGUGAGGAUCUAAGAGAUGAAAAACCACUUCAUCUAUUAGAAGCUUUCCACAUCCACAUGGUGGGCAAUUGUGAAAUGCUUUCAUCCAACACCAAAUCUGCAGGUAGGUGGCAAAAACUCAAGCCAAUUAAAACUAAUAACACGAUAAUAAUGUUGCAAAAAGAGGCAUUUGAGAAGUAUAGUUAUGUGUUCCGUUCAGUCAUGGAUCUAAAGUCAAAGGGGAUUCAUUUUGGGCAUAGUGAUAAUAUUUACUCUGUGAUGAGCAUCAAAUUUGAGUCUUCCUUUGUGUAUGCAAAACUAAAGCUUCCUAUUUGGUAUGCUUCCUCGUCGAGUAGAGUUUUCCUCACCAACAUGAUAGCUUAUGAGCUCUCUCCCAACAGCUGGUCCCGCCUCGAGAUAACUUCUUAUAUAAAUUUCAUGAAGUCGCUGAUUGUUUACCCCAACGAUGUGAAAGAGUUGCGGGAAAAGCGCAUCAUAUCUAAUACUCUCGGAGACGACAUGGAAGUGGUGCAGUUGUUCAAAGGGCUGAAUACUCAUGGGAUUGAUAAUCCCAACAUUUUCUCGGAGGUGAAGCAGAAAAUUCAAAAGCACUAUGAUAGCAAAGCAAAGACGUGGAUGGCACAAUUUGUAUAUACUUAUCUUAUAAGCCCUUGGUCUAUAAUCGCUUUACUCUCGGCUUUUCUUCUUCUUCUCUUAACUUUUGCACAAACUUAUGUUGCCUUCGACAAGCCGGACAAAGUGAUAACAAUUUGGUACAGCUGUAGCUACAUCAACUUCUUGAAAUCACUCAUUGUUUCUCCUGGUGACGUUAAGGAGCUAAGAGAAAAGAGCAUUAUAAGAAGUACAAUUGGAGAGGACAAGGAGGUUGUCAAGUUGCUCCACGGGAUAAACACUUACGACUUUGAUAACCCCAUCAUCCUCAGGGACGUCAAGCAUAAAAUCCUAAAGUAUUACAAUAGCAAAACGAAGACGUGGAUGGCUGAACUCGCCCACACUUACUUCAGAACCCCAUGGACUGCUCUAGCUUUAUUUGCUGCUACUCUUCUUCUUGUUUUAACUUUUUUGCAGACUUAUUUCACCAUUAACCCCCGCCGUCACUAGCUAAUAGAUCAGAGCAUGCGCAUAUAUAG